AUGGAACGCUCCUCCUCCUUCCGUCGCCAUCGUCGCGAUAAGAGCGACCGCGACCGCGACCGCGACGGCGACGCUCCCCAGAGGCAGCAGCAGCAACAGCCGCACCCGCCGCACCCGCCCCCCAAGAAACCACCACCUCCCCCCAUGCGCCAGCUCCGCCCUCCGCCCUCUCACCUCCGCACCGAUGAUGCCAAACACACCCAGCUCUCGCCUCAAUCGGAUAAGGUUCGCAGGGCGAAAUAUAGCCCGGGUAAUAAUGAUAAUGACAGGACCGCGCUUGGGCACAAGCGCGCAGACACGGCGCCCACCACCCUGCCCACGCUGGCCAAACUCAGCGUCGACGACAGUCCCACCGCCCGGCACUUCACCGUCACCAAUGUCGGCGCAGGCGGUACCCUAUACCUCAAGCCCACGCGCAUGCCCGUGCCCAAUCUGAGCUAUGCGCCCGCAACCCCCUCAGCUACAUCCGACGGCUCCUCCGUCAGGUCUAGUAGACCUUUGCUGCGCGAGAGCGACCUGUCGGGCACCUGGACUCUGCGCCCACAGCCCAAGCGAGCGCGAAGCUCCGACUCUGCCAUGGCUGGAGUCUCGGUGCCGCCACUGAGUCUGGCAAAUGCCCACAAUCGUCGGAGAACACGUUCCCACUCCACCUCCACCGUGAGCGACCGCCUCCGGGCAACGCAGUACGAUGCCGACGAGUUCCACCUUCACCCCGACGAGAGCAUGUCAUCACAGCCCCGGCGCAGGAGCUCUGCCGACUUGCCCGUGGGAGGCCUCUCGGACGUGUGUAUUCCCCAUUACCGCUUGGGCACGCCUCGUUUCAGCGAUCGCGGGACCGCGUACCUUCACUACUCCAUGUACACCAACUCGACCGGCGGCGUGCCCUCCUCCGUGCUGUCUCGCGCCGACCUCGACAAGAUCUUCCCCGUGCCUCCAGGUCGAGGCGUGAGCAGCUUCUACUCCCACAUGUCCACCACAGCACCCUAUCUACAUCCAUCCAGCGCGUACAGCCUGACCCCAGCCCGCACGCCGGUGGCAUCAAAACCUCCAUCCCGACCGACAACCGAGGAGAUCGUACUCAUCACUCCAGCUCUUUUCGACAAGCUCGAGGCGAAUCUCGACGACCAGACCGUGGUGCAUUAUCACCCCGCGACCGGCCGAAUUGUGGCAGCAACUCCCGCUCGAUUGAUUGCGCAGAUUACCUCCCCUCAAUGUCUAGACUACGAGCUGCUAGCAGACUUCUUCCUCACCUACCGCUGCUUUAUGCCGUGUCUCGACGUUCUGGACUUCCUCUUCGCGCGCAUGCGCUGGGCUAUGAAAGGCGGCAAUGAUGCUGGUCGUAUCGCCAGAGUGCGAACUUUCGUCGCUCUGCGCCACUGGAUACUGAACUAUUUCGCGGACGAUUUCAUGGCCGAUUCAUUCUUCCGACAGAGCUUUUGUAACCUGGUCAAUGAGAUGGCAGCUUCUUUGCGACAGCGAGCGGAUGGGGGCGGAGGCGACAUCAACAUCAUCGGGGAGGUGAAAAAGUGUUGGCGGCGAACUUGUGCACUCUAUUACCCGAUCUCCGAUGUCUACGAGACCUCCCCUGACGCAGACAUCUUUCCUGGAGGAGACGAGGAUCAUUCACUUCCGGAAUCUUCGGCUUUCGGUCUGCCCUUGACGAUCCGACCAACGACGAGAAGUCACUCCAUAUUCGAAAUGACCCAAAUUCAACUUCCCGAAAGACCGAAACAGGCUGGCGCAUUGAAUCCAAUUCAGCCGCAGACGGACGGGGUUAGUCAUCGCUCGCCAGUCCUAAGUACUCGCACUACGAGCAUUCCUGCUUCCCCUAUGAGCGAGCAGAGUCUUGAAGUGCUCUCUUGCUCCUUGCCAUUCCUUCGACACCUUCGUCCUAGCGCACGCUCAAGAGGGAAGCUGCAGAAGCAUCAUCCGGAGGCUCCACGUACUGUCGAGACGCCAGAGAUGCUGGGAAGAGCCGAGAAGCCCAAAAGACCAACAAACGCUCACAAGCGAAGUGAGAGCUUUCAAGAUGCUCUACGUGACGAGCGAGCGCCGCUGGCAUCUCCAAACGCGGACAACAUAGAGCUAAAAGACCUGCCGUCUUUCUCUAUCACGGGAGGUCUGGUCCGAGGUAUCUUGCUGCAGCCAUCUGAGCCUAAAGUGGACAGUCAUGUUCCCGUGACUCCAGGUCCACCAGGCCCUGAACUCACCGAAGCUCGUCUGGCUGCAAAUGACGGAUACUUUGCCAAUAAUGCUCAUCACAUCGGUGUCAAGAAGUUUGUUGGCGAAGUCAGAAAAGCUCUUGGUAGUCGGAAGGGCAGUACGUCUCCUUCGCGAAGUGCUGGAUCUUGCAGCGACGGAGAAUCAAUAGGUUCGAGGAAGGGUCAGCGCGCUCCAAGAAGGCCUCAGCCGGACUGGCAGCAGCUGCCUGGACCUUCUAGACUUGAUAUUCUCAGCCUCAGGAUCGAGAAUGCAUACCAGGAUGCCGUUGACCAGACCAAAAAAGCAAGACCAGAUUCUGUGGUGCCUGAACGGCCGAGACCGCCGCAGGAUGGGGGCCAGGCCCGCGAAGGCGCUACAGAAGAGACACAGCCCGAGACGGUGCCCGAAGAGGGUGAACUCGAGGAAGAGAAAGAUAUACCCCGUGGAGAGACACCUAGACCGACGACAGACCAAAGACAAGCUCCCAGUGAGCACGAGUCGGUCGACGUUAUGGAUUUUGGACGUAUGAACAGUCACGUCACGACAGGAAGCCGAUCGAUUGUUAUUGUUGAUGCAACAGGUGCUCCAGAAAUACCUGCCAUGUCUCGCGCAAUGCCUUCAUUCAGCUCCAUGUCGAGCGAGAUGAUGCCGUUACCGCUGCUCCGCGAUAGAAACGAACAUCCGCCAGUCCCUCCAAUUCCAAAAGAUUACGAAGGGAACCCGCGGCUACCAUCGCAAGGCGAUCCUCACCAGGAUAUGCGAUCUUCCGACGAGCGCAUGCACGAUCUGUUGACGCAAUCACAAGCGUGGGAAAUCCCCUACAAAGGACAGCGAGCUGAUAGCCUCGCUAAAUCUCAGAAGUCAUUAUCGAAGCUUCACGGGCUUUCGUCUUUCGGCCUUAGGUCUACUACUUUCGAAAUGCCACCAAUACAUCCUCAACUUCGUCGAAGGCCAGGUGGCGAUCUGAAGGCGAACGAGCAUGUCCAUGAGCUUUACCCUGAACGAGUAUCGGCGAGGCCUAAGCCGCCGCACAGAUCCGUUUCUGAAGGAACAUUAUCGACGGCGGUAUGGUCAUAUGCAACUUCUCUGGCGUCGGCGCAUGAAUCAGUAAAGCCACACAGCGAUCCUGGAAGAAGGAAAUCAGUCUCCCUCAUCCAAAUGCAUUCUUCUCAACCGGUAUUGCGACCUUCAUUUGUGGGAGAAGCCGAUAAACUCAAGGCCUUGCCCGAUCUUGAGUCGGGCGGUGGAGUUGAAGACGCUCUGGCCAAGCUGGAAGGAAAGAUUUCGAGUCCAGCGCAAAGCAAAGGCUCAUCUGCUGGGUCAGACACGGCUUCAGCCCAUGGAUCUGGCCAAGAUUCUGGUGAUGAAGCUGAUCGAAGUGGCGAGGGCGAAUCGCCCUCUCCACCUUUGGAAUCACCGCCCGUGAUGAAGGAAGUGCCAGGUGGUGAAUCGCAGAUGUCUCACCGAUCCCUGCCGUUCAGUCCGUCACCAGGUUUCGGAAGCUCACCUGGGCAGGAAAGCGGCGUCACAGAAACCCAGGGAGCAAGCAUAUACCAGUUGUCGGAAUUCGGCGUGCAGUCCAUGAGUUCCAAUACGGAAUAUCCGCUACAGCCCUUUCCUCGGCAUCUACGGCCCGUGUCAAUGGAUUCUGGCUCAUCGAAUUCCAUCGUUUCUCCGACGGCUAAGUUCACUCGCUUCCCAAUACCGGAUCCAUACAAUCGGAAUGGCGGGGACGAUUCGUCUGGCUCGUUUCCGUACGAACGCAAACCGGAGAGUAUCCCAGACAGCGUCUCCAAUGGUAGAUAUCCCAGCUACCGGCCAGUGACAGGCGAAGGAGGUACUCAUGGCUCGUUUGUUUUGGACGACAACCAGUCUUUGAGUGACAUUUCCACAGACAUUGCAAGCUUUCACGAAGACGGCGUACGAAGCUUUUACUUCGAUGACACUGAGGAGGGUGCACCAGUGCCCAUGAGACCUCGCCAGCCUUUCGUCGCCCCAACUCCUCCGUCGACAGGGGCCACGGAUGUACAGCAAUCUCCCGACCGCCGACGACUUCUUCCCCGAGGCACCCGGGAUCCAGGUCAUACCCUUAAGCAAACCAUCAGUGCUCCUCGGCUCGUACCUCAGCCUGUCAACCAGCCUUACCCAAGAAGGCGCUUCAACGCUCCACGGCAGGGUACAGUGCAGGCGAUUGCCCAGACAUUUCCAGCUCACCUGCCGUUCGUGCUGGCUUUCGAGUCCGAAACCAUCGCUGAGCAAUUAACUAUCAUCGAGAAGGAUGCGCUGGAUGAGGUCGACUGGAAGGACUUGAUCAGUUUGAAUUGGCAACAAUCACCACCCGAUGUUCGCAACUGGGUCGAAUACCUCAACAAGGAGCAUGCAAACGGCAUUGACAUAGUGGUUGCACGCUUCAAUCUUUCGGUGAAGUGGGUCAUGUCCGAGAUUGUUCUCACCGAGGUGCCGAGCGAGCGGGCAAGAGCAAUCACGAAGUACAUUCACAUCGCAGCGCAUUGCCGCCGCCUGCACAACUACGCUUCAAUGUACCAGAUUGUCCUCGCACUUCUAUCAACGGACCUCGCACGCCUGCAGGAGACAUGGUCACUAGUCGCAGGCCGGGAGCGACAGAUGCUGGAACAGAUGGAAACCCUCUGUCGACCGAUCCGGAAUUUCCACAACCUGCGAGCAGAAAUGGAAACGGCAAUGCCUGGGAACGGCAUCAUCCCAUUUAUUGGGCUAUACACCCACGACUUGCUGUUCAACGCUCUCAAGUCACCCAGGAUCAAUUCUCCCACUGCUGGACAGGAACCUUUGGUCAAUUUUGAGCGAUAUCAAACGGCAGCGACGAUUGUCAAGAAUCUCCUGCGGCUGAUUGAGGCAAGCGCCAAGUAUGCUUUCCACCCUGAACCCGAGGCGCUGAGUCGGUGCUUGUGGAUUGCUGCGCUUGAUGAUUAUGAGAUCACGCAGCGAGCGAAGAUGCUUGAACAGAUAUGA